AUGUAUGUGUGGUGCAAAGCCAUCUUGUUUCAUUUGGUGCUGGAAGAUGAGACUCAUAAAGGCAAAACAACAUUUGCCAACUUCAAGAAUAUUGUCUGGCAUAAGGCAUUUUUGAAGAUUCUGGAGUCUAUUGAACCUCUCUCAAAGACAGGAUACUGGCAUAAGGACAUUAUUGAUCAUAUUCAGAACAAUAUGCAAUGGCCUCAACACAAGGGAGAAAGUCCAAAUUUAUAUGCCCAGUUUGUCUGGUUCCAGAAACAAAACUAUCUGACCAGACCAAUGGAAGCAGAAAAAGAAGAGAUUUUGAAAAGCCAGGGGCUUUGGCCUGUUAAUGGUCUAGACAGCACAACAUGGGUAAAGUAUAUGGGCUCUAUGAAUGCGCUGGACAUGUUGUUCCCUGCCUUGUCAUUGUUAAAGUUGGCAAGCCAACUGAGUGUGCACGUCCAGGCAAUUGUGGUCUAUUUCAACUCACCCAUGAACCCGAUGGAACUGGAGAUGUAUCACCAGAUCAAAAAUGCCAUUGGAGUGAACCCUACUUUCUAUGAGUCUCUUUUCACUGUCAAUGCCAAUACCGCGGUGGAACUUCUUUCCGUCAACUGUUUGAUUUCUACAUCAGUAUCAGUGCUGAAUAUGUGUUAUAUCCAAAUUCACAAAGUUUUGCAGGAUGAUUCACAACAAGAAGUUCACAACCUUGGAGAACUGAUAUUCUUGGUGGAUUCUAUUUAUUUUUUUGCCUUUCAUCAUUAUGGUGGAUUUGUUCUCAACUUUGACCCAGUCUGUUACGGUUGCAUAUAUUGUUUAACUCAUUAUAAAUGGCGCUAUGUAAGAAGAUGGACAACUUCUUAUGGGGUGCUACCUGUGUGGUGUUGGGGUGAAGGCAAAUUUGACCCACAUCUCAUUUUCUUGAAGACCUGA